CCUCCAGCGCAGUGACGGCAACCCUUGGAGGAGAGCCGUAAAGUGUCGUGUGAGGAGGUCAUUAGAAAACGGGGAAGGUCUCUUCUCCUUCGUAGUCUCGGGCACUUUUGUUUUGGUUCCGUGUGGCCUCCGCUUCGAGUGGACAUGCUGCGUCUGUUGCUGCGGCUCCGGCCGUGUGGUCGCUCCGGGCCCAGAGUCCUGCCAGCCCGGCCUGUCGCGCUUGGCUCCCGCCCCAGAUGCAGCGGUGAGAGGCGGCUACACUGCGGAGCCGGGUCACGAACGUCGGCCUUGGGCUUGGUCUACAGUCACAGAGCCGGCCUGCUACGGUCUUCCCAACUGGUGGGUUCCGGCCCGAACACACGGUUCUACAGUCUGCCGCCACACAACAAGGUGGAGCUUCCUUCUCUGUCGCCCACCAUGCAGACGGGGACCAUCGCCCGCUGGGAGAAGAAGGAGGGGGACAAGAUCAGCGAGGGCGAGCUCAUAGCCGAGGUGGAAACGGACAAAGCUACUGUAGGUUUUGAAGUAAUGGAUGAGUGCUACCUGGCGAAGAUCCUGGUUCCUGAAGGCACCAGAGACAUUGCUGUUGGAUCAGUGAUCUGCAUCACCGUGGAAAGCCCAGACAUGAUCGCAGCCUUUAAGGACGUGUCUUUGGAUUCUCUCAAAUCCCCUGCCGCCGCUCCUCCCCCUGCAGCCUCAGCUCCUCCCCCUGCUCCUCCAACCGCUGCUGCUCCACCCCCCGCAGCGCCGGGCAGCUCCUACCCGCCACACUUGAAGGUCGCACUUCCUGCUCUUUCUCCCACCAUGACGAUGGGAACGGUGCAGCGCUGGGAGAAGAAGGUCGGCGAGAAGCUCGGUGAAGGAGAUCUCCUUGCAGAGAUUGAAACCGACAAAGCGACCAUCGGAUUCGAGGUCCAGGAAGAAGGAUAUUUAGCCAAAAUCCUGGUCCCAGAGGGAACUCGGGACGUUCCUCUGGGACAGACGCUCUGCAUCAUAGUAGAAAAAGAAAGUGACAUCGCCGCCUUCAAGGAUUACAUCGAGACUGGGAUGGCAGAGGCCUCCAUGCCCCCACCACCUCCAGCCCCUGCAGCGACUGCAGCGCCUGCAGCCACAGCACCCAGUUCUGCAGCCGCAGCUCCAGCGGCGCCAAGGAAGGGCCGUGUUUUCGCCAGUCCACUCGCCAAGAAACUGGCAGCUGAGAAGGGAAUCGAUUUGGCUCAGGUCAGCGGAUCUGGACCUGAUGGACGCGUCACUCGGAAAGAUAUCGAAAGCUUUGUUCCUCCAAAGGCUGCACCCGCAGCAGCUGCUGCUCCCUCUCCAUCAGCAGCAGCAGCAGCUCCUCCUUCACCCGCUGCUGCACCCGCUGCUCCAGCUGGCACCUUCACAGACUUCCCCAUCAGCAACAUCCGCAAGGUCAUCGCUCAGAGGUUGAUGCAGUCCAAGCAGACCAUCCCUCACUAUUACCUGUCUGUAGACGUCAACAUGGACCAAGUGCUGGAGCUUCGAAAGGAGCUGAACGAGGAGGUGAAAUCCCAGAACAUCAAGCUGAGUUUGAAUGACUUCAUUAUCAAAGCCAGCGCCUUGGCUUGCCUCAAAGUCCCAGAAUGCAACUCCUCCUGGAUGGACACAGUCAUUCGUCAGAAUCAUGUGGUGGACGUCAGCGUGGCAGUGAGCACAGCCAGCGGGCUCAUCACGCCAAUCGUGUUCAACGCCCACAUCAAAGGCCUGGCCGCCAUCGGUACCGACGUGGCGGCUCUCGCUGCCAAAGCCAGGGAGGGGAAGCUGCAGCCUCAUGAGUUCCAGGGAGGAACGUUCACCAUCUCAAAUUUAGGGAUGUUUGGAAUCAAGAACUUCUCCGCCAUCAUCAACCCCCCCCAGGCCUGUAUCCUGGCUGUUGGAGGCUCAGAGAAACGGCUGCUGCCCGCCGAGAACGAGAAAGGGUUCGACGUGGCCAACAUGAUGUCAGUGACGCUGAGCUGCGACCACCGGGUGGUGGACGGGGCGGUGGGGGCGCAGUGGCUGGCCGAGUUCAGGAAGUUCCUGGAGAAACCCGUCACCAUGUUGUUGUGAUGAGCCGGCAGACGCCUUUAGGUCACUCCCAGUUACCCCGAAGAAGCAGAGGCGGCAUCACUCCACCCACCUGUCUGCCCGUCUGCCGUCUCUCCCUUCUUUCUAUUUAUUGUGGCCCCCCCCUCAUGUCAGAAUUAGCUUUAUCUAAAAAUGAGGAGCGGCGUUAUCUGCUACGACAGAUCAAAGUCAAGACAACUUUGUGUGUCUGUGUGUGUUUCUGCACAGCAAUCUGUGAAGAGGAGCUGCAGUUUGUCUUUUAGAAGCACAGAUGUGCAGACACACACACACACACACACACAAAGACACACACACAACUAUUCAGCUGAAAUUCCUGGUUUACAGUAUUCCAUACUGUGUUGUAUAUUUAUGUACAUCAGGUGAAAAAAAAUCUAUGUCCUCUUGAAAAUAAUUCUCACUGUAGUUCUUUUUCUUUUAUUGGUUUCUGGAAUAUUCUUAAAGCUGAAACGCACAAAGUGCUGGUUUUUAUUUGAAUACAUUGGUGGGGGAUUUUAACCCGGUGCCAUCGGUGUGCGAGGCUCAGAACUCGCAGAAUCUACGAGGGCGGUCCAGAAGAGAAAAGCAGGACUGUUGGUUGGACACCAGUAUGUACACCUUACAGACAAUAAAAGGAAACUCCCUUAAACUUGUCUA